AUGCUUUGAAUGACAGAGGUUUUUACAUUUGUAGUUUGUUAUUAAAAAAUAAAUUUACCUCUUUAGGUAUUGACACUUAAAUUAUUUGUAUACACAUGUACACAGAGAGCCGUUAGUUGUUUUUUUUGUUUUUUUUCUUUGGGAAAAUGGAUGAUCGCGUUGGUUCCUAUCAGCGAGCCCGUCGCAAAUUUUCCUCAAUUGUCUAUGGAGUAACGCUUAUUUGGCUGCUCCUGGCGCUGAUUCAGUGGCUCGUCAUCAACUUAAUGCAGAAUGACGUUGAAACAUAUUUGAAAUAUGAAUGGAUUAGUCUAAUAUUCUUUUUUCUAUCGAUAAUUCUGGUCUUUGUCUUCAUAUUCGUUGAGAAAUCGCGCUUCAUCACGGGCUUAAGUUGGAUAAUAACAAUAUUAAGUGUGGAAUUUGCUAUCAUUGGCCUGUUUGCCCUGGUGGUUAAACCUAUGUGGCCAGAACUGCUCCUGUGGUUUGCCAUCUGUGUGAUCCUGCUGUUCAUAUCCGUUCUGCUGGGCGCCUUUAUUCCGCAUGAUCUGACGCUGGAUAUUGUUGUGUUGUUUGUGGUGUCCUUUGUGUUCCUCAUUGCGUCCAUCUUUUUGAUAAUGUUGCACCUGCUCACACAGACACUGUAUUCCUAUAUACUGUUCGAACUGCUCGUAACUUCCAUAAUUCUGAUGUUUAUCAUGUACCAUGGCCAAACAAUUAACGGGGGCCGCUUUGCAGAGAUGCGGAUCAAUGACUAUCUCUUGGGCACCGUCAUACUCUUCUACGACUUCAUUAUCAUAUUUUUGCUUUCGUUCUAUAUGCAAACGCACUAUCAAAUCGUAAAGCAUGUUGCUCAUCCCGAGGAGCCGUUGAAGAUUAAUGUCAAACAAAAUUAAUUACCAGGUAUUCAUGUUUAGUUUUCGGUCGUUGUAGUUUGUUGUUAGAAUGUCGUGACCGUGAGCCAUCAAGUUCCACCUGAUAUAACGCUUGUAACAACUGCGAUCGCUUGCAAGGGAUAAAACAAGUAGUAAAACAAGUUACUCGCAAAUUAUUAUUCCAUGACAUGAUUAUAAAAUGCAAAUACCUAAUUUAGUUGCCCCAAAAAUUCACAUAACAACUUUGACUCAUGUGUCAAGGUAGCAGAUAUUACCAGAUAUUGCGAGUAUUAACAGAAAUAACUUAUGAUCCGGAAUGCUUUUUAAAUUAAUUACUUCAAUGUAAACUAAAGAUUUUAAAAAAUAAAAAUUUAUAA